UUUGGAUCGGAUCAGUGUUUCCCUAAAAUCCCUUUUUUGAUUGAAUUUUGUUUUUAUCCUAUUUCUAAACAUGUGUGUUACUCAAAACAAUGGAAAAAUUUAAAAAGUCCCAUGAAAGCACAUGUAGUAACAAAAAAACUAAAUUAAAGAAAUACAGUAAAAAUUCCAGAACAAUCAAUAGGAGAAACAGAAGGAAGAGAAGUAAAAAAGCUUAUUUCAAAAUGCUAAGAAAAGAAAGGUAUUCAAGGGGGACACUUGAGCUUUGCAACAGCUUACAAGAAUUUAGUGUAGUCGACACGCCAAUAUGUAGCUUGAAUGAAUUACCUCAAGAAGUUAUACAGUGGCACAAUAAGGAUCAGGUUGCCUACUGGAAAUCUCGUGCUAUUUGCUUAGAACUGGAAAACAAAAUGCUAAAGGAUCAUCUUAGGAAUGUCUAUGCUCAGCAAAUUGAAUAUUACGACCAAAACAAAGAGUGGCAAGAAGUUCCUCCAGAAAAUGAUGGAAGAACUAUUGCAAAUGAACAUAACAGCUCGAGUACUUCAAUUGAAUCAGAAAAAAAGGCUGACAAAGUAAAAGUAGUUCCAAAUGUACCCCCAGGCAAACAUAGAUUACGAGAAAUGGAGAAAAUAUAUGGUGAUAGGGCUGCUAAAGUCAUGGGCAUGGAGACAGCUCUCGAAUUGAACUAUCAAAAAUUACUUGAGGAUGAGUGCCCUAUUUACUGGCCAAACAUGCCUUUAAAAUUAUGAAUGAAUGUGUAUGGGUAAUUAGCUGAUAAAUUAAUCAAGAAUGAAUGUGUGUGAAACUUGUUCAUAAUUCUUGUGUAUAAAUUUUUUUCCUUAAAAAUUAUUUAUAAAUUAUUGGGAUAAAGGAUGAAACAUUGCAUGAAAACCUUUUUAUUAAAAUUUUUUUAUUUUUAAUUCUAAAAUUGUAUAAGUAUGAAAAACAUCAAUGGUAUUGAAGUAUUACCCACAGGUAUCACAGAAUAAUAAUAAUUAUUACACUGGUAGCUUUCUCCUUCUUUGGGAAUGUAACCAAUCUUUAAGCUGAGAUACCAUAAGUCCACCUAAAAUAAUUUGAGUAGGAUGAUAUACCAAUAAGGGUAAACUAAUUUGACUUAAAUGGGAAUAUCCAUGAAACAUAAUUUUUAAAAUUGGAAUGCCUGAAAAUAAAAAAAAAAUAUUAAGUUUUGAUACAACCUUUAUUAGAAAAGUAAAUUUACCUAAGGUAAGAGAUUUGUGAGUUGAACAAAAUACUAUAGCAAUUACGUCUGCAGGUGUGAAUGAUUUUUUCAUUGAACUUGAUAUCUUGAAGCUUAAUAUUAUAAGAGCAAUUUGUAAUAGUAAUACUGAAAAAAAAAAAAAUUAAUCAAACCACUUUUGUCUUUAUUGUAUAAGUCCUACCUGAAAAAAUAGUGAAAAUAACAUCCAAAGCUGAUAACCCAGUUUCUGGUACCAGAAAUGUAUCACAAAAUGUGGUGUAUAUCACAAAAAGCAAAGCGCAUUGGCUAAUUGUAUUUAAUGGAAUCUGAUGCCCCCGAAAUGAUGUCAAAGUUUUAAUCGCUUGACCCAGAGCUAGAGGAAGUAGUACUGUACUAGUUAAUUGCAUAACUGUAGAGAAAAGAGGUACAAUUGUAGUAGAUCCCAACUAGAAAUAUGUGAUUUAUUGUAAUUGAAAAUUACAAAAUUGACCUUCUUACAUUUAAUAAUAAAGACAAAGGUGUUAUGAUAAUGCCCAAAAAGCUACCUAUAACUGAAUUAAAAAUUGCUGCAGUUUCGUUUCCUUGCGCUGCUCGGGUUAAAAUAACUGCACUACUAACUGGGGGAGGCAUACAUGCAACAGUUACGAUGC